UGCAUCAUGAAACCUCUGCAUGCCAAAAAUGAGAUUUUUGCUAUACAUCCAUGGAUUUUUGAGACUUUUUUCCCUUUACCCAAUAUACAUUCACAUUCACACAUCUGAUCCACUUUUCCACUACGUACUUGCUAAUACUAUAAUAGCCACAAUAAGUACAAAGGUGCAGGAAACACAUUCAUUUAGGCAGGAAUGAAGGUGUAUAAAUAAAUUAAUAAGUGUACAAAAAUAAAUUCAAAGAAACAAAAGAAGCAGGGAAAGCACAACUUUAAUCGAUCCAAUAUGCAUAUUUAUUGCAAAUAUCUGGUGAUUCCUAUUUUCGCACAUUACAUGUAUUUAAUACACUGCACACAGUGACACAUACAGCACAACGAAGGGUGUAUAUAGUAUAGGAAUAAUAUUAUUCUAACCGAUUUUUUAUUGUGCAAUGUGUGGUUGCAAACAAUUCGCAAUCAUUUUCUGUACUUAAGAUCAAUUAGGUUUAAUUUAAUAGUCAUUGAACUGGGUGUCGUUAGUUUUUUGAAAUUAUGUAAUGCGUGAAGGACGCAUUACAGCCGUUCUUCGGGUGACGAGGUUGAGGUUCUUGUGAGUGCAAUUGUUAGUAUUCCUCGUCGUCACCUUCAUCUUCAACGUAAUCAUGGGGGUUAAAUUACCCCCUCGCCUCUGCCUGGGCUUCAUCGUGGUCCUCAUCCUCUCCCUCCUCGUCCUCCUCUUCGCCUGGAACAUGACUUGCUCGGUGGACGUCGAACCCUCCUCCAUCGCCAUCUCCGACGUCACAAACAGGUCGCACGAGGGUUGGAGUGGGGACAGGGUCACAGUAGAAAUCUACUACGAGGUGCUCUGUCCAGACUCCAGACAUUUUAUUGUGAAUCAAUUUCUUCCUGUAUACAAAGAUCUAAGUGACCACAUGGACGUCUCCUUUGUGCCGUAUGGAAAAGCCAGUAGUCACAAAAUGGAUAUUACCCCUUUUUUCUCGUUUGAAUGUCAACAUGGAGAACCAGAGUGUCAAGGGAAUAUGCUUCAUGGGUGUGCCAUUCAUGAUACGAACAUCAAACCUCACACCCUCGUCCCGUACAUCGCUUGCAUGAUGAAUUCACGUGAGCGACAAGAUGUGGGGGCACGCAAGUGCGCAUCUAGCUACAAAACCGUAAACUUUGGAGCAAUUCAUGCCUGCUUAAUGGAUGGUCGUGGCCAUCAAUACCUUUACCAGUAUGGAGUGAUGACCUCAUCCCUAAAUCCCCCCGUCUCUUUCAUCCCCACCAUUGUGAUCAACAAAUCUCAGGACGGACAAGCCGAAAUUCUUCGAAAUUUUCGAGGUUUUGUGUGCCGCUUGUUGAAACAGCGACUAGGCGUGGCGCCAGUGGGUUGUUAAUUGAUAAAAAUGUGGUGUUUGUGAAUUAUAAUACCAAAGAAAAUUCUUCUGCGAUUAAUGUUUAAAUGUUGUUGAUCUAUUUAUGUAUAUUACAAGAGAUGAUAUUACUAUUAUUAUUAUCACGAUUAUUAUCAACGAUAAACGACUACGACGACUAGUCUCUGUGCAUUUUGUUGAUUCAUGUCCGAUUUAUUUAUGUAUUUGUAAAAGUUCAAACAUAUUCCGAAUAUAAUAUUCCGAAACAUAUAUAUAUGUAGCAUAUUAGGUGACUUGUUGAAAAUUUGUAAGAGGUUUAAAUAGCACAAAUUGAACUAUUUGAAAAA